AUGGCUUCCAGUCCCUGCCCGCCUUCCCCGCUACUCGUGCGCCUGCCUGAGUCCAUCUCCUGGGCCCACAGGAAACUAGAGAUAUACUUCCAGAGCCGGGCCUCGGAAGGCGGGGAGUGCAGUGUCCUGCCCGUGGGCCCCAGCGCCCCCAACACCUUCCAGGUGAACUUCCUAGAAAGGGCAGCUAAGGAGAAAGUACUGAAAAAGAGAGAGCACCAGAUGGUGGUUGAAGGCAAACCUGUGACCAUUUUCCUGGAAACCACGAAAAAGCCAGUGGAGGACCCAAGCUCCAGUCCUCCAUCUGUGACACAGCCAGCUGAGGCUCCAAGAUCCAGACCUCCAUCUGUGACGCAGCCAGCUGAGGCUGCAAGUUCUAGUCCUCCAUCUGUGACCCAGGCUCUGGAUGAAGCACUGUCUGAUGAAGGUUCUGUUUAUAAUUCUGAUGACUCUAUUGUCCAGGAGUUAGAGGACCCUCAGAGAGCAAUGGAACUCAGACAGGAGUUGAAUCGCUGCUUCCCAAAGCUCCUAAUAAAGGGACAGGGAAGAAAGCUAACUCUCCUCGGGUCUCAAGCUGACAUUUCAGCUGCCACAGAAAAAGUCUCCCAAACUUCCUUCAAGACUCCUGUGGAAAUAAUGUCCUCUGGUUACAUGACAGGGAUUCAGGUUGAUUCGACUCACUUCAACCUUCUAAAACCAGCAUUGCUCCAGGAAAUCUCAGAGAUAGAGCAGAAGUAUAACACUUGUGUAAAUAUCCAGGAGAAAACCCAGAAAACCUGCAUUCUAUUUGAACCCAAGGAUAAGGAGGUCGACCUGUCCGUGCACUCUUAUGCCAGUUUCACUGAUGCAUUCCAACAUGCCAUGUGUCAGCUAACGACAGAAGUCCUGCCGCUGAAACAUUUGGGCAAGGGGAGAGCUCACUUACACAAGACCAAGUUUGUCGAUGACUUAAAGGAAAAGCACCCAAAUGUACACUUCGAGAUAUCUAAAGAGUCAAUGACUUUGAUGGGUUUGCCAAAUCAGCUUGCACAGGCAAAACAGUAUCUGUUCAAAAGAAUGGAACUGUCCCUACCGUCUGCAGAGAGCUUAAAUGUGGAUCACGAGACACCCAUGGAUAUUGACAGGAAUGAUGCAAAUGCAGCUUCACCUCCUCUCAGAGGCUCUGCUAACAGCUCUGGGGCCUUGAAGGCAAAUGACAAUGAAGAUUCCUGUGCCAUCUGCAUGGAUACCAUUAGCAACAAGCAUGUGCUCCCUAAGUGCAAGCACGAAUUCUGCUCCCCUUGUAUCACCAAGGCCUUGUCAUUCAAGCCUGUCUGUCCUCUGUGUCAGACGUCCUAUGGUAUCCAGAAAGGGAACCAGCCAAAUGGAACCAUGACUGUCACCACUUCACGUCAGUCACUUCCGGGUUAUGCAGACUGUGGCACAAUUGUGAUUCAAUACAUAAUGCAAAGUGGCAUCCAAACAGAUGAGCAUCCAAACCCAGGAAAGCCCUACUAUGGAACACAACGAAUUGCAUACUUGCCUGAUAAUAAGGAGGGAAGAAAGGUCUUGGGUCUGCUCAGAGAAGCCUUUAACAACAAGCUGAUUUUCACAAUAGGGUACUCUCGAGUAUCAGGAGCCUCCGAUGUCAUUACAUGGAAUGACAUCCAUCACAAAACAUCCACGUUUGGAGGACCAGAAAAUUUUGGCUACCCUGAUCCUCAUUACCUGACACGUGUCAAGGAGGAGCUGAAAGCAAAAGGAAUUGAGUAAGGAAAGCACUGGGAAGACGUCUAUCCACGUUCAAAAGAAGUGUGUUAGGAGGCCGCAGUAGGACAGGCCUCAAUCUUUUUGUAGAAAAAACUUACAGCAUUUUUGAUGUUAAGUAGAUGUAGUUUCUAUAAAAGUAGAAGUCUGCUUGCCAGUGAUUUCUAGAGUGUUUCUCUUUCUUGUAACGCAAAAUAUGAAGGGCAUGUGCUGGGGAAGUCAUCCAUAAUGUGUGAAGACAUGAGCUCAGAUCUGCAACAUCCAUGUAAGAGUUGGUGUGAUGGCAUAGACUUGUAAGCUUAGCCCUGGGGAGUGGAGAUGGAAGGAUUCCUGGAGCUCACUGGCUAGUUAGUCUAGCUGAAACCAAAACCAUGGGCUCCAGGUUCACUGAGAGACCUUGUCUCAAGAAAUCAGGUGCAUCUGGGCAAUGUGGCACAUGCCUUUAAUUCCAUGAAUUGGGAGGCAGUAGCAGGCCAUCCCAGGCCGGCCUGGUAUACAUAGCCCAAGUUCCAGGACAGCCAGGGCUACAUAGUGAGACCAUGGCCAAAAA